UUUUACUCAAAAAAAAAGUGUUAUAAGUGUGUAUUAUUUAUUUUUCGUCACGUUUAUUGAAAUAAUGCCAGAAUGUGAUGGCCCAAACAUGCCGUACAGUGCGACAAGUGAAACAAGGGGAACGUCUCCGACGUUCUCAACAUACUGCGCAUACAUUAUUAACACCAGCUGAAGUGGAAGGUUAUGGGCCAUAUAAACCCGUACCACCACCAAAACCGCUAUCCACAUCAACACCAACGUCAAAUUCAAACAGUACACCAACGUCAUCUAGUGCAUCAUCAACCAGUGCAGCAGUGUGUUUCACACCACCACCGUAUAGAAUGCCACCAUAUCCAUUGUAUAAUGAAACUACUGGCGGUAGUAUUUUACCAGGUAGUAUACCAAGUACAAAUGGUUUGGGUGGUCUAGAUGGUAUCAUCAAUGGACCAAAUUCAAAUGGUGGUAAUGGUAAUGGUGCUGUUCUAAUAACAACACCAGGAGGAUUACAUACGCAUUCAAAUAAAUUUCCCAUUGAACGCGAGGUAAUUUUAUCGAAUGGUGAUAAAAAUUCUAAAAUACCUAUCUUACAUGAUUACAAGAAACGUUCAAAAGCAACAAUUGCACCAGACGUACCGCCAAAACAAAUAGCAGCCUGGACAAACAACAAUAUAUGCGAACAACAGCAGCAACAGAAUUAUCCAGGAAAUGUUCAAACAAAUGGAAACAAUGAUCAACACAACAUGCAGUAUCGAACACAAUCUUCUACAUAUCAGUCCGCUCAAGACAUUUAUACAACAUAUAAAGAUCAACAAAACCAAGGUGGAAACAACAAUCCAUCAUCCACAGGUGCUGUACCAAAACAACAAACUUGGCAUGGAAAUGCAAUUCGACAAGCUGAUAAUAAUGGAAUAAUUCCAAAUAAUAGUAAAACCUCGCAACAAUCAAUACAACAGUCAUCUACGACAACCAAUAAUAAUGGGCAAAAUUGCCAAACUGUAUCGGUUACGAUCGAAACAAAAGAUGCAGGAGGAAAUGGCAACACAAAAGAUGGGAUUAAAAAUUCAAAAGCAAUGACAAAAACUUAUCAAACAAUACGUGGUAUGAUCUCAAGUCGUUUCAAAACUGGUGGAAAAGAAAAUGGUGAUUGUGAAAAAAAUGGCGUUGAAAAUGAUCAAGGUCUGAAUAAUGUUGCUGAUGAGUUGCGUAAAAGUAACCGUAGCAUUGAUAUAGCAUUAAAUGAUUCCACUGCAAAUCAAGAGGAACGUCAAAUCACGAGUAUAUUAAAAAAACCACCGUCUGGCGAACAAGGAAUUUACGGUAAACCACGCACAGAAGGAAUUAUGUCUCAACAACAGCAACAACAACAACAACAAUACAAUCAACAAUUACAAUCACAAAUAAUGCAAAUGCAACAAUAUCAACAGUAUCAAACGCAACAAUAUCAAAUGUUACCAGGACGUUCACAAGAACAAAUGCGCAUUCAACAAGAGCAAAUUUACUAUCACGGUGGCAACAAUGCAAGUUAUACGCAAAGACCAAUCAAUCGUUAUGGUAUGCAGCAUACACCGGAACAAUCGUUUAUGAUCAUGCGACAUCCACAAUAUGGUGAAAUAAAAACACACGUUGAAUCACAACAUGUGGAUGAUAAACAACGAUCAAACGAGCCUCGAAGUCAACAGCAAUUAGAAAGAGAUAGUAUAAGACAAAAAAGUUUUAUGGAAGCAAGGCGUACAGCGUCACAACCGCAUUUAGCAUCGGAUGAUCUACCGAAAAAUCAACAAGUCGAAGGAAAAAACACCAACAUGCAUCAAUUAGAAUCACAAUUUCCACAACCAAACCGAUGUGGCUCAUAUGGGAAUGUGAUGGAAACAUUUAAUGCAAGACCUGUACAUGCCGAAUCGGAAAAAGACAGCGAUGACGGAGGAUUUAUAACUCAUAAUAAUGGUGUACGUAACAAUGAACAUAUCAAUGGCACUGGCCAUCAUGGCGUUAAUAAACAAAACGAAGUCAUUGAUAAAGAUUCGGCACAGAAUGAUGGGACACGCGUGGGUCUUGUUGGAACACCAAAAGUACGUUUAGAAAAUGAAAUUGGCAAAAUUGAAGGCGUUUAUAAUUUAGGUCAACGUAUGGAUCGAAUUGAGUUAGAUACAACAGAAAAUGGUGAAAAAGUGAUUGAUGUUACCCAAAGAAAAUUACAUACUGGCUCUGGCACAAGUAGUGAUUAUGACAAGGCUUCCGGUCAAACAUCAUCGAAUGUUGAUUCAGGGCGAGGAAGUGCUGCUUACAGCAGUGGCCGACGACAAAUAACAGAUGACACAAGCCCCGAAUCUUCAGAUAAUCAUCCAGUACAAAAUGGAAAUUAUGGGCAUAAUAAUUUGCCUUCAAAUCGUGAUUCUGAAUGGGUUGAUAUUGUAGAAUCCGAGCUUCGUCAUAUUUUGGAACCAAAGUUACAUGGAUUAUCGUUACAAGGUAAUAAUCCUCAACAGCCUGCAAUUGCUAAUUCGACUUUGAGUGAAAGUAUUUCAUCAAUGACACCUCCAUUACCACCUUUAUCACCUGGAGAUGGUUCCACUCCUAAUGUUACACCCAGAAAUUCUACUAGAUAUAAGCAUAGUGCUAGUUUACCAUAUGGAAGUAAGCCAGAUUAUGGUUUAGAUAGUUAUAAUAAAACUGGUAAAUCAACUGUAGGACCUGGAGUGGGUGGUAAUAGCAGUCGAUGGCAAAAUUCAUCAUCUUCAAAACAUCGAUCUAUGGGAAAGAAACAUGAGAGUUUGGCCAUGAAAGGAAAACAUUUGUAUGGUUUAGAUUUGGCCGACAUUACAUCCACCACAACCCGAUCCAUGGAUUUAGAUUCAAUGGCUGAUGGACAAAGCGAUUCUGAUGGUGAUAUUAGUACUACUGAUGCAAGAGCAAUUCGUAAGCAAUUAGAAGGAUUAGAAACUAUGUAUGCGGAGGUUUUGAAACUUCUUGGAGUGAAAAAAUAUUCGGGACGUUAUCAGCCAUCUGAUCCACGGUUUAAUAAACGUCGAUAUGGUAGCAUGUCCUCCUUACCAUCUAGUUCAGUGAGUAGUCGACCAAUCCGAGAUAAACGAGCACGUGCACAUGAAGAACGUAAAAAAGUAAAAGAUUUACGUGGAAUAAAUAAACGAUUCCAAAGGUUAGAAUCUCAUGUAGUAACGUUGGCAAGAUCUGUUGCACACUUAUCGUCAGAAAUGCGAACGCAACAUUUAAUGAUACAAGAAAUGGAAAAUAUACGUGAAGAACUAUCUGCAUUACGUACACAAACUACGUUAGCUGCGGCUAGGGCGCAAUCAAUACCAAGAGGAUUAAACACAACACAAAAAGAUAUGCCUAGCUUAGCAAAUCCAAAUAGAGUAAAAAAAUUAACGAGGUUUUUUGGCGAUGAGCCGCCAUUAUUGAGAUUGUUUUUGAAAAGUUUAGGUUACGAGAAAUAUGCAAAUGCAUUUGAAAAUGAAAGAGUUGGAAUGGUCGAGUUACCAUAUUUAAGUGAAGAACGUUUACAAAAGAUUGGGAUACCGUUGGGACCAAGAUUGAGGAUAUUACAAGAAGCACAAAUAUCUGUUUGUAAAGAUACGACAUUGUGCAUUGUAUGAAUUUGCAAAGGACAGUAAUUCAGUCUAUGUAGUCUAAUUUCAAAAUGGCGGCUCCAUAAAAAUAAUUAUUAAUUAAUUUUUUAUAAUAGUUUUUUACUUGUAAAA